AUGGGCGACAUCACCAAAGACCCCAUCUUCAUCGACGCCGAACGCCGCUUCGCAGACCUCGAGAAUGAAACGAAGAAGCUGCAUGAUGAGAGUACGAAAUACUUCCAAGCCAUUAACGGCAUGCUGGACCACCAGAUCGAGUUUGCCAAAGCGACGGAAGAGCUGUACAAGCCCAUCUCCGGCCGGGCGAGUGAUCCGAAUUCGUAUGUGGACGAGGUGGGGAAUGCGGAAGGGAUACGGGCGUGUGAGGAGUACCAGGUGAUUGUGCAGGAGUUGAAAGCGAGUCUGGCGCCAGAGCUGGAGUUGAUCCAGACGCGGAUCGUACAACCAGCGGAAGAAUUGAUGGGCAUCGUGAAGAACGUGCGGAAAAUGAUCACCAAACGCGACCACAAACAACUCGACUACGACGCCACGAAGAACAAGAUGCAGAAACUGCAAGCCAAACCCGACAAGACCGCCAAAGACGAAAAAGCCAUCUGGGAGACCGAGAACAAACUCGAAGAAACGACCUACGAAUACAACGCCUUCAACGAUCUCCUCAAAGAAGAACUGCUGCGCUUGUUCCAGCUGGAAAAGGAGUUUAUUCUGCCCCUGUUCCAAAGCUUCUACUACAUGCAGCUCAACGUCUUCUACACGCUCCACGACAAGAUGCAGAAUAUCGACAUCGGCUACUUCGACCUCACACUAGAUAUCGAGGACGCCUUUGAACGGAAGCGCGGCGAUAUCCAGCAGCAGGCCGAGAGCAUCAGUAUCGUCAAGUUCAAAACUACAGGGCAAAGGAAGCCGUUGAAGUUCCAGCAGAGGUUGGGGAUUACGAACGGGCCGCCUGGACGCUCCAACUCCACCUCCUCCGCCGGCUCUUCCGUCCCCCCAAAUCGUAGGAUAACGCACGACUCCUACGACACCUCCUCCUCCUCCGCCGCCCCGCCCCCCUACGAAGCCAACGGCGACCUCGGCCGCUCCGCCAGCACCGGCAGCAACUGGACCUCGGCCGCCAAAGGCAAAGCGGCGCCUCCUCCCCCAAAGCCUAAACCAGGCAGGUUAAGCGCGAAUCCGGCGGUGGAAACGGUGACGGCGCUGUAUGAUUACGAGGCGCAGGCGGAGGGGGACUUGAGUUUUAGCGCGGGCGAUACGAUUGAGGUUGUGUCAAGGACGGAGAAUGCUAAUGAGUGGUGGAAUGGACGGGUGGGGGGGAGGAGUGGGCAGUUUCCCGGCAACUACGUGCAGCUGAACUCGUAG